AUGGCAGGCCAACCUUUCCCACUCAAGUCCUACCUGAGCGCUCUGAACCGGUUCCUAGACACGAUCGACUACAACGACACGAACUACACGCGCCCCGAGCGCGUCCACCACAACAAGCACGUGUACAUCGAGACGGCACGGCACUUUGCGCAGCCAGGGAUACAAAAAACUUUGGGAGUGAGCGUGAAGCACCUCGAAACUAUGAUACGCACGAUUGUCCUCACGGCCACCAACGGCUGGCCAAAGUCGCUGCUCGACGACAGCACUGACGGCGACCCUCAUGCCCAGAUGGCGUCAUUCUACGAGGACUUGGUCCAGGGGCGCACGCAAAGGCAUCCGUGGUGGCGCCUCUUGAAUGAGCAGAUGCCUAUCGUGUUGCAGCAUUACGGCAGCUUCUGCCAGCUCAACCUGAUCCGCAGCACGACGGACUUCUUCACAGGCUGCUGGGUAGAACAGCACAGCUUCCAAGGCUACCCCGGCUCCAAUGAAUACCCGCUCUUCUUGCGCCGGCUCAACGGGCUUGGCCACAGCGUCGGGGCGCUGCUCUUCCCCUCGGCAUUAUUCGACGAGCGCACGCUAUUCAAAGAGAUCGCGACCGCGACGGCGCAGGUCGACCCCGUCGCGUACUUCGUCAACGACCUGUGCAGCUUCUACAAGGAGUGGGAGGAGCCGCGCGACCAGACCAACCUCGUCAAGAACUGGUGCGCCGUCGACGGCAUCGACAUGGACAGCGCGCUGGCGCGGCUCGCCGACGAAACCAUCCGCUGCGUCGAGCGCUUGUUGGGCGUUUUUGAGGGGAAGAAUGCGGCUGUAAGGGAUACUCUUGCCGCGUUUGCCAAUGGUUAUGUUACGUGGCAUUUUUGUGACCAUCGGUAUCGCUUGGAUGAGGUUUAUGAGCUGGCUGAGGGGUUGGGCGAAGAGGGCGAGAAGUUUAGAAGGUAUUUUGAGACGGCGAGGGAUGCGGGGUUUGUGCCAUUGGAGAAUUGGGCGAUACCGAGGCUGGCGGAUGUUAUGGAGGAGGUGAGGAGGGAGGGGGAGGGCGUGGUUGAGGUUGAGACAACCUCAACGUCUGUGUCUGGGGGGUUGGUGGAGAGUGUGGCGUAG